AUGACUCAGUUUUUGCCUCCAAAUCUGCUGGCUCUUUUCGCUCCUCGCGAUCCUAUACCAUACGUGCCUCCGAUAGAAAAGCAUAAGAACCAUCGCAAACUUCCCUACACCGGCGUUGCACAGUUUUUGGGGGAAUUCGAGGAUCCUUCUGAAACACCUGUCUCAUCACGGAUUGAAACAAGGGAGGAAAGAAAGGCUCGGAAGCGGAAGGAGAGACAAGAGCAGGCAAAUUAUAAGCUUGAACGUGAUCUUGCUCUCUGGAAUCCAAAGAAACUUGUUUCUGGAACGACGAAUGCUUACAACACUCUCUUUGUUGCUCGACUGAACUACGACACUUCUGAACAUAAGCUGCGCAGGGAGUUCGAAGUGUACGGUCCAAUAAAAAAAAUAUUCAUGAUAAAGGAUGCAGCUACUGGCAAGCCUCGAGGCUACGCCUUUAUCGAAUUCGAACACGAGAGGGACAUGCACGCUGCGAAUAAGGAUGCGAAUGGUCGAAAAAUUGAUGGGCACCGUAUUCUUACCGACAUUGAACGUGGAAGAACUCGUCCGGAUUGGCGACCGCGGCGAUUGGGUAAGGGUCUUGGUAAGUCUCGCAGUGGACCCAGUGACGCGCGUCGUGAUGAACGCAGAAGAGAUGAUGAUCGGGACCGGGACCGGGAACGCGAGAGGAAUCGUGAUCGCGAUCGCGAUCGAAGGCGUCGCAGUAGAUCUCGUGACUACCGGGACCGUCAUCGCAGAAGUCGUAGCCGGGAAAGAAGACGCAGUCGCUCCCGCGAGCACGGACGCAGGGAUAGAUAUCGUCGAGACGAAAUGUCUCAAUAUGGUGAGUAUGGCGCGGAAAUUAAGGCGGAAUACAAUGGAGAUUAUUAA